AUGUCCAACCCCAAGGUUUUCUUUGAUAUGUCCAUCGGUGGAAAGGCCGCUGGUCGCGUCACCAUGGAGCUUCGUGCCGAUGUUGUCCCCAAGACUGCCGAGAACUUCCGUGCUCUCUGUACUGGAGAGAAGGGAUUCGGAUUCGCUGGAUCUUCCUUCCACCGUGUCAUUCCUGGAUUCAUGUGCCAAGGAGGAGACUUCACCAACCACAAUGGUACCGGUGGAAAGUCCAUCUACGGACACAAGUUUGCUGAUGAGAACUUCCAGCUGACCCACACUGGUCCUGGAAUUCUCUCCAUGGCCAACGCCGGUCCCAACACAAACGGAUCCCAAUUCUUCAUCUGUACCGAGGUCACCUCCUGGUUGGAUGGCAAGCACGUUGUCUUUGGAUCCAUCGUUGAGGGUAUGGAUGUUAUUCGUGCCAUUGAGAAGGUUGGAUCCUCCAGUGGAAAGACUCGCUCAGCUGUCAAGGUUGAGGCUUCCGGACAACUCUAA